UCGGGAUCUGCGCGCAUCGGAGGCAGCCAGCGCAAAAUCGUUCUGGGCGGAGAGAAAAGAGGAGGCGGCGAGCGGCGCCACGGCAGAAUUGAAGCACACGAGGAGCAAGCACGGCCCUUUCGCUUCAGUGUGCCACCAGCAAUCAGACAGCUAGCAUUGCGCCUCUUCUACAGUCCCGGACGCAAGAUGUCAUUCCUCAAGUCCAUCUGGCGAGGACCGUCUAAGCACAAAAAGCUCGCAGAGGACUUUGUGCUGAGCAAGCAAGAAGAAUCGAACACCAACCUUGAGGGCGUCUCUUUCGACGUCAAAUAUCUGGGCAGCACCUUGGUCGAGACCCCUAACGGCGAAGGCUCCACUGCUGAGGCCAUCAAGACCGUCAUAACAAUGGCAAAGGCGAGCAGCAAGAAACUGCAGAGGGUGAGUUUGACGGUCGGACUCAACGGCAUCAGGAUGGUCGACAUCGCCACGGACGAAAUCCACUUGGACGUCUCCAUCUACAGAAUAUCGUAUUGCUCGGCUGACGCCACUUAUGACCACGUGUUUGCUUUCAUCGCAACCAACAGCAACGAGACAAUGGAGUGUCACGCUUUUCUGUGCCCAAAACGAAAAGUGGCGCAAGCUGUGACCAUGACCAUCGCUCAGUCGUUUACCAUGGCCUAUGAGCUCUGGCAGAUAUCGCAGGCCAAGCAUGACUUGCUGCCAGAAAAAACUGACAACUCUUCCUCCGACACGCAAAACGAAGACGACCCCAUCAAAGAAAAGGCUAGGAGCGAUGGCAUCCCCAAAAGUCGCAGCCACAGUCUCUUGAUCGACCUCUCGUCGGAGGUGCCUUCGUGCACGGAACCCACCAACUGGGUGUGUUUUGAGGACGACGAAUUUGAAAAUCUGAACUCAAGUUUUGCCCGGCUGGCGGCCAGCAGGAGCAGCACCUCAACCACCCCAAUCUCACGUCCCCUGAACCCACCCCCGCGAUCCAUCAGUCUGGACCCAACGACGGCCUCGUCCCACUCCACCAAAAACCCUUGGAAUGAGCAGCACAACAGUAUUGACCUGUUCUGUUCGUGACAGAAACGCGCUCAGUGGACCGACUUUGACUAAUUUAGAGGACAAAAGAAAGAUUUUUUGAGUGCAAAAUAUAUGGGAGAGUUGGAAAGCUCGGGAUUGUGGAGAGAGAGAAUGUCAUUUAUUUUUUACUUAAAAAGCGCCUAUGUGUGAUUCAUCAAUUAAAUCUAUAUUAUAGUAAGUAAACUGGAUGAUAGAGAGAUUAAUGAUCUAACUGUUGAAAGAGCAGGAAAUCUCCAUAAAAGAGAAGACAGAAACAUAUAUAAUAAUAUAUUGACCGUUGGGCUUGGGCAAGAGCCAUCCAUAGUUUUCGAUGAAAAACAAAUGGUGGAAACGAGUGUUGUUAUCUGAACAUAUCCACUUGACACAUUUCUAUAUUAUAACAUAUAAUGAGUAAAAAACAGACCAGCUUAUGUAUAAGAUCUUUGGAUUCUGAAUUAUGUGACAGACAUCCAACCGUAUGUUAUUCAAAAUUUUUUUUUAAAAAUGGAACCAAGGAAUUUAUUCAAAUUCACACUUAAAUGAACACCAAACAUUCCUCCGCGUUUUAUUGCGAGAAAUUUUCGUAGGAAUUCGAGUGUUCGAUCCCAAUUUGUAAUCUUUAUAGAAAAAACAAUGUGUUGCUAUGAGCUGUUUCAGAAUAGUUAUAGUUUAUGUGUGAUGUGAUAAUAAAAAUAUUGCGCUACACUAGAUCAA